AUGACUGCGAUAUUUCGGAAGGAUUCAACAUCAGGAAAAUACCAGGAAAUCUCUGAAAAUAAGGCUGAAAUAUUGUAUAGCAACGAUGGCAAGCAGAUCGCAUAUGCAGGAAAUCAAAUCAGUAAUCGUGAGAUUUAUGAAAGAGUUGAGAAAUACUGCAAUCCCGUAGCAUCAAUUGGAAGUGGCACUGAAGGUGAGGGCAGUGCUCGUCACAGACUCAUCAAUGUGGCUGUAGUUAUUCGUCACGGCGAUCGUACCCCAAUAGGUUACUUUUUAGACAAACAUACCAAGUGGGGAUGUGAAUUUGAUCAGAAAGUGAUGACCGAGUACCCGAUAGCAGCGAAGUACGUCAAAUAUAUGAGAUCGCAUAAAGACCAGUUUUAUAAAUUUCUGGGUGUCAAACAAUUUACACCAAUACCUGAUGCCCGAAACUGUGCUGAGUCAACUUUGACCCCACUUGGGGCAUUGCAACAUCUUCUCCUUGGCAACCAUUUGCAAGAGAGGUAUUUUAAAAACACAAAUCUUUUCCCGGCGCAUAAAUGGUCAGGGGACGAACUAUUAGUAGAAAGUACGCCAUAUGCCCGAACGGUUCAAAGUUCAGUGGCAUUUCUGUACGGUUUUCUGCCAGACUUUGAUUUCACAAGAUUUCAAAUGAAACUAUCCACUACACAAUGGCUGAAUUUUUGUGAUAAAAAUUGCAAGUGUGAUGCAAUGAAAAUGUACAUGGUUGAAAAUGAUGAAGAUUUGCAAAAACUGCGCAUGAAAAACAUUAACUUAACAUCAGUUCUUAGUGAAAUGGCAGAUAUUCUUGAAAUUCAACCUGACAAGUUCGUUUACCCUACAAAAGUACAAGAUUCGCUAACAGGCCUAAUCUGUCACAAGAAGAAGUUACCAUGUGGAGCCAAAAAUUGCGUUAAUAUACCUCAUCAUUUUGGGACCAUCAUCAAUCACACAUAUAUGGUUGCCGAGGUAACAAACAAAGGAUUUAACACAGCUCGUCAGAAAUAUGUUGGAUUGCAUAUGCAGCCGCUGCUAGAAAAAAUACUUAAAGUUAUGGAGACACAAAUAAUCAACAAAAAAUCGGUGAAAUUCUCGUUAUUUUCAGCACAUGAUGUUACUAUUUCACCGAUGGUUGACGUUUUGGAUCUUCCAGAGCAUGUAUGGCCCCCAUACGCUUCUCGACUAAUUUUUGAACUAUGGGAAAAUACAAAAACAGCAGAACACUUUAUAAGUAUUAUCUAUAAUGGUAAAAAUUUAACACAACAUGCACGUUUCUGUCGGUCUGUCACUAACGAUGGACUUUGUCCGCUGCAGAAUUUUGCCGACUUUGUAAAAUUCGGUAAUCUGAUGAGAUACAAUAACAGUACAUCAUAUCAACAAGCAUGUGCUAAAAUAAUGAAAUGA